GCAGUUGUAAAAAUAACACGCAAAAAACAUAUAUUUAGAACGUGGUGAUCCGGCUGGGGUUUUAAUGUGUUGUAUCUGAUCACUUGGCAUGGUUAAUGUGUUAGUACACAGGAAGAAAAUAGCCAUGGAGUUGUUUUUACACUAGAUAAGCCGCCUUGCUAACUGAAGCGCUAGCAUAAUAUCUUGACAGAAGAUUUUCAUCUCAUCUGACAGCUCUGCAGAGUUGUUCUGCUGCCAGUGAGCACUAACGCCGUAGUAUUGAAUUGUCUUUAGCUCACAACAUGCCUGCCUUCCGGCAAGUGGGAGAGAAGCAACUUCCAAACCCUGUUCUUUGUAUGGCAUGGUCACCAAAGAGGGAUCUGAUUGCUUUGGCAAACACAACUGGAGAGUUGCUGCUACACCGCUUGGCUAGCUUCCAGCGUGUCUGGAGCUUACCACCCAGUGAAUACACGGGGAAAGAGAUCACUGCACUUGCCUGGAGACCAGAUGGCAAAAUAUUGGCCUUCAGUCUUGGAGACACCAAGCAGGUGGUCCUUUGUGGUGUUGAGAAAGCUGAGAUCCUUCAUGUGUUCCCAAUGCAAAGCCCUGUAACUUGCAUGCACUGGAUGGAGGUCAUGGAGGAGAGCAGUGCCCUCAGCUCCUUUUACAACUCAGAGGACGAAUCAAAACUUUUUCUUCCUAAAUUGCCAACCCUACCCAAGAGCUACAGCACAACCUCAAAGAUAUUCAGUGAAGAAAAGUCUGAUGAGAUACUUAAUCUCCUGGGAGAAGUCAGGCUGAACAUACUCGUUCUUGGAGGAGAUGCCGGGUUUGUGGAGCUUUACGCGUACGGAAUGUACAAGAUUGCGUCUCUAAGCGGGGUUUCGGGGACCUGUCGCAGUCUGAGUCUGUCCAGUGAUCUCAAGUCUUUGUCAGUCAUCACAGAAGUGAGGUCAGCUGACAACAACCCAGAGAUCUGCUACGUUCAGCUGGACACGAGGCUGUUGUCAGAUUGUCUGCCUGAGGUCACCAGGAUGGCACGCAAGUUCACCCACAUCUCCACGCUGCUCCAGUACCUGCACCUCUCACUGACCUGUAUGUGUGAGGCGUGGGACGACAUCCUCAUGCAGAUGGAUCUGCGCCUCACUAAGUUUGUUCAGGAAAAGAAUACAAGCACCCAAGUUCAAGAUGAGUUUUUGGAGCUUCUGCUAUGGGGACAGUCUAGCCCUGAACUCCAGGCUCUUCUCAUGAACCAACUGACUGUCAAGGGCCUCAAAAAGCUUGGCCAAUCCAUCGAGUCCUCUUACUCCAGCAUCCAGAAGCUAGUGAUCAGCCACCUGCAGAGCGGCUCCGAGGCUCUGCUGUAUCACCUCAGCGAGGUCAGAGGAAUGUCCUUAUGGAAGCAGAAGUUCCAGCCCCUCGGUUUGGAUUCAGCUGCUAUUGAAGGUGCUAUCACCGCCGUGGGCUCCUUUUCCCUCAAAGCCAACGAACUCCUGCAGGUGAUCGACAAGAGCAUGAAAAACUUCAAGGCCUUUUUUCGGUGGCUGUAUGUAGCAAUGUUAAGAAUGUGUGAGGAGCACGUGCCGCCGGAGCUUAACAAGAUGACUCAGAAGGACAUUGCCUUUGUUGCUGACUUUUUGUCUGAACAGUUUAGUGAGAACGAGGAACUUUUCGAUCGUAAAGGGAAGUACUUCAAUGUUGAGCGAGUUGGUCAGUACCUUAAAGAUGAGGAAGAGGACCUUGUGUCUCCACCAAGCACAAAGGGCAACCAGUGGCUGAAGUUUUUGCAGGAGAGCACGCACCUGAAAGAGAGCCCUUUGCUGUUUCCAUCGUAUCCCCAAAAGUCUCUUCACUUUGUCAAGAGGAUGAUGGAGAACGUGAUUGAGCACUGCCUACAGAAACCUGCUGAAGUGAUUGGGAAGUCUGUAAAGCAGGCUGUGUUUUUGCCCCUCUACAUUGUGCCAGAGAGCUCAGAAAACACUCCACGCCUGUUUGAACUUCCUUCUUUGUGGAAUGACAAAAAGGCCAAAAUGCACUGCGUAGUUUUCUGCAUGCCAGAGAUCUCACCAAGCAAGGUCUACAUACUGCGCAAGGGAACAGACCCGAACCGACAUAUCCCAAAUAGUGUUAUGUCGAUUGACCUCAGCCAUCACCUUGACAACGCCGAGGACGACAAUGCUGCAGCUCAGUCUCAUUGUGUUUACAGCUGCCUGGAUGCUCGCUUCUAUGACGAUGAGAUGCUAACGGUGGUUUUGCAAAGCUCGGAGGAGCACAACAGCAGGCGUGUCCUGGCUCAGCUUCCUUUUACCUCCAGCCUGAGCUGUGAGAGUGAAUUCAGCUGGGAGCCCAACCUCAGACUGGACCAGCAGAACAGUUCCAUCCCCUGUCAGGGUCUGGUGUUGGGGAAUCAGUGGCGGGAGCUGGAAAACAUGAAGGCUCAGUUUGUGGCUGUCAAUGGAAUCCGCAAAGUGGCCUGUGUGCUGAGUGGCAAUCUCAGGCACAUACGUGUUUUCGAGAUGGACGUGGAAGAUGAAGAAGACGAGGGAGCUGAUUCCCAAAACACCACCAUCGAACAGGACGGGUUGGAAACUACCAUGACCAGCCUGGGGCCGGGGGAUGAGAGCAUAGACACUGAGGGUGAACUUGGAGAGCAGGAAGUGUUUAAAAAAACUGCGGAGAACCUUCACUCAGAAGAAGCUUUGGAACUCCCAUGAGACUGACUUGGCUCUAUCUUUUGUAUCUUUUUUUU